UAUCUUUGUGUUAUCAUUUUUUUAUUUUAAAUAUGAAUUUUCUUUGUAGAUUAUAUAUGGUCGAUUUCAUGCAGAUAUACUGCAAAUAUGUAUUUGUCCUGUUAAUUUUACUACUCUUAUCACUUUGGAUUGUAUCUGUAGCCAGUGGUUUUUCGAGCUCUUUGCACAGUUUGUGUACACUAACCAAUAAAGUUGUCAACCUUAUUAAACCUUCUUGUUGCUUCAUUUUUGUGUACUUGUGUUGUUUAUAACUAAAAAAAUAAAACGUUUCCCUAACUAAUUGUUUAGUUAAUAACUAUUAUUAGGAACUUUUUUUUAGUUAUAAUUUCAUGAAGGCCGUAGUUCCUUUUGUAGUAAAUUCUGUUCUUCUGAUGAUCGUUCUUGUAUCCUGGUAUUGUGUUAUAUCUGCUGGAAAAUUUGUGAAUUCUUUUCAUUGAAAUGGCAUCAUAUUUCGAGAAUGCUGCUAUACAGGAACGUUUGAAGACUUUAAGUUCUUUAGUGCAUGAAAUAGAAGGAGAAAGACUUAAAGGCGAACAAACGUUGGAUCACAUUACUAAAGCUCAUGAUAAAAUUAAUCAAGAAGGACGUUUAACAUCUUAUAAUCAGCAAAAAUUAAAAGGACUGUACAAUACUGCUUUAAGUGAUGCUGUUCAAGAAGAAGAACUUCUUCGUCAAGCCUUAACAAAAAUAAUGGAAAUUAGGAAUAUCUGCAAUGAAAGAAAAUUAAAGGCUCGUAGUGAAGGAAAUCGGGAAAUAUUUCAUCGGGGAGCAUUAAUGAAAAUGCUUCAAGUAUCUGCACAAACUUUGCCUCUGUGGGUGGGAAAAGCCGACUCAAAAGCUCCGCCUUUGUGUGGUGCAAUUCCUGCUGAUCCAAAUUAUAUUGCAAAGCCUGGAGAUAUGGUUGCUGCAAUGGUAAAAAUAGUUGAAGGAGAUGAAGAUAAUUGGAUCUUGGCUGAAGUAGUAUCCUUUAAUCCUGUUACCAGAAAGUAUGAGGUUGAUGAUAUCGAUGAGGAACAAAAACUUCGUCACACAUUAAGCAGAAGACUUGUUGUUCCUCUUCCUAUAAUGAAGGCUAAUCCUGAGACAGAUCCAGACGCAUUAUUUCCUAAAGGAGCUGUCGUGAUGGCACUAUAUCCUCAAACAACAUGCUUUUACAAAGCCCUCGUUAACCAAUUACCGACUUCUGUCUUGGACGAUUAUGAAUUGAUCUUUGAAGACAGCAAUUAUGCUGACGGAUACGCUCCUCCUCUUAAAGUUGCUCAGAGGUAUGUGAUUGACAUCAAAGAAAGGAAAAAGUCUUAG